AUGGCAAUAUCCAACAUCAAUACAGAAACUAUCGUGUACGACGUAGUGAUAGUAGGCGGAGGCCCAGUUGGACUCCUCCUUGCUUACCAGUUGAAGCGAUUCGGUGUCUCCGUCUGUGUAUUUGAACAGCACCAUAAAGAAACACAGGAUGCAUAUGGCCGUGCGAUUGCAUUGUUUCCAAGAACUCUUGAACAAUUGGAUCAAUUAGACCUUAUAGAGCCGAUGCUACAGCUUGGAUUUGCCUGUCGGACCAGUGUCACAUAUAAGGAUGGGGAAAGAAUUCUCCCGGGAAGAGUUUGGACUUUCAUGGAGAAUAUCCGGGACACAGCGUACGACUUUGUGUUAGUGCUGCGUCAAAUGUUCACGGAGCAAAUACUUCGUAAGAAGCUUGAUAAAAUUGGCGUUCCGUAUCACCAGGGAGUGGAAUGCAUAGACUUCAGGAUAGAUGAUGGGAAGUCUCCAGACGAGUAUCCGGUAAACUCGGAGUUUGUCGACAGAGCCACAAGGAAACAAUUUUGGUUGAAAAGCAAAUAUCUCGUUGGAGCCGAUGGAGGGCGAAGCUUCGUUCGCAGACACGCGGGAAUCCCAUUUGAGGGUGACAGCUCUGAUGACCAGUGGAUCCGUAUUGAUGGCAUUGUUGAGACGGAUAUGCCAUUGAAUCGUUCUUACGGGGCAAUCGAAAGCAAGACGCAUGGCAACGUAUUGUGGGCUCCUCUCGAUCAUGCCGCUACACGAAUUGGCUAUGCGUACACCGAAGAAAUUGCCGCUAAAUAUCCAGACGGCGUGACACAGGAAGUGGCUGAGAAAGAAGCGAUAGAGGCAAUGAAGCCGUUUAACGUGAAAUUCAAAGAGGUUCACUGGUGGACUCUUUAUAAAAUCGGCCAGCGAAUUGCAAAAAGCUUUUUCACCCAAGGUAGAAUCCUAUUAUGUGGAGAUGCAGCACAUACACAUAGCAGUGGUGCUGCACAGGGCCUGAAUACAGGAAUUCAUGACGCUGUCAAUUUGGGCUGGAAGCUUGCCCUACAGAUUCGAGGAAUAAUCAAACCCAAUGUGCUCGAGACGUAUAGCACCGAGAGAAUGUCUGCGGUGCAAAAAUUGAUCGAUUAUGAUAAGGACAUAUCCAUGCUCAUGUCGUAUAAAUGGCCUGCGUGGUAUAAAGGAGACCCAAAAGCCGACCCCUAUCUCGUCCUUGGCGAGAUUUUCGAGAAAGCGGCAUCCUUCAAUACGGGGCUUGGAAUUUCGUAUCACGAAAAUGAUCUCAAUCAGUCUCUAGUUAUUGCACUAAACGUCGUACCCGGGAGUCGACCGCCAGAUGUGGACUUGUCUAUGCCUGGUACUGGUCGUAGUGUAAGAUUCCAGGAUAUCACACGCAAUAUAGCCAAAUUCUGGGUCGUUGUGUUCACAGGAAAUGUCCUAUCUACUCGUACCUCCCUUCAGGGACUGAGGAAGUCCUUGGAGACGACACAGAAACUCAAUUCAAACGAAGCAGUUUCAUGGAUCACGAUAAGCGCCGUUGUAGGCUGUUCCCCAUACGAAACGCUGGGAAUGGAGCCAUUUGGAGAUACUUUUUACGACGCUUCUAACUUGGCACACCAGAAAUAUGGGUUCGGUCUGGAACAAGGGGGGAUAGUUAUCCUCCGGCCGGAUGGAUUGAUAGGUACAGGGGGUCCGGUUGAGGGGCAAUUGGUGAAGGACUAUUUUGCAAAGAUCUUAGUAUCCACAUGA